AUUUCCCUUCAGGUAGUGAAAUCGACUGAGGAAUCCUGUUUACAGCACCUCUUUUAUGGAAAGCACUGCAGGACAUAACAGCCAGGUAUCUUUUUCCAUAAGUGCUGAAAAGCAAUACAUGAGACCUGCUUGACUUUUUAAACAGGAAUUGAAUAUACUGUAAGGAGAACUCUGAUCACAAUGGCUGCAGACAAUAAAAAACUCUUGAUCGAGUAUAAUAAGUUAAGGGAAACCAAGUGUCUGCUGGAAGGAAAAAGUGAAACAAGCUGGCUGCGACCUCAAAGACGACACUUUCCUCAGGCUAAUCGCUGUUCGGUAGAGAAAGUAAGAGAAGAGAAGCAGGAGGUUGAGAGUGGCAGGACUUCCUGGGUAACAAUUACUCCUCCCCAUCAUAAGGAAAGGAGGCAUUUUCCAGAAAGAAAUAAUGCAAUCUUUGGAUGACCUGUUCUUCAAACACAAUGUUUUAUUGGAGCACUGUAUAUCCCAUUGUUCCUUUUAAAAUUAAUUUCAUUGUAACUAUAAUUGAAUGUUUUACAGACAUAUAAAAAUGCAAUUUUUGUUAUAUAUUUACAUGAAACUUGGACUAGCAAAAUGAAUAAUAAAUAAAGUUA